AUGGAAUCCUUAGUGGGUGGUAGAGUAUGGAAAAGGAAUUACGUUCUUUCUGAUGCUGCAAACAAUUCUGCUAAAAAGUUAGCGCCGCGUUACGUUCUUUGCACUGUAGCGAAGAAAAAAUCGAAACUUGUAUAUGUACUCAAGAAUGAGGACGGUACAAAUGCAGGAGUAUGGCACAUACAGGAUUUAAAACUUUAUGAUGGGUCUGAAUUUUCUUCGGUCGAUACUGAUGAUGAUCUACCUCGAUAUUUGUCGAAGAACUCUAUCAAAACUUCUUUGAAGUAUUCCCAAAAACUACCAAAAGUUUUAAUAAAUUGGGAUAUUGCCUUUCGUGAGACCAACAAAAAUUUGCACUUUCUGCCCCAAAUCAUCAAUCUGAACGAUGGAAUGGUCAUUCUGAAUGAAGUGAAUGAGAAAUCUUUCAAGACUCUCAACGAUUUGGCACAGAAGAAACUUCAAAGAAUGCUUUUCAUUUUCAAAAAAUAUUCUCGCUGUGAUUCAGUUUUUCUGGUUUUCGAUAGAUAUGAUAUCAAGGAUUCCAUAAAAGACAUGGAGAGACGUGGACAUCAUAAUCUAGGAAUAUUCAGUAUUACAGGAAGUCGACCAGUGCCAAACUACAGGAAUUUUCUGAAAUCAACACCAAAUAAAAUGGCACUCAUAAGAUUUUUGAGCCAGUAUUUGAUGGAUUCCUUCAAGAGGCUACCAGGAGGAAAGUUUCUUUUCAUUGCUGGAGGAUCGAAAGAUGCCGAAUCAUGUUUUAAGGUUGGUCACGCGAACUAG